AUAGGAACAGGAGGUGAUUAACAGGUUUUCGAAAGUUAAACACAGCAAAAACCAUUUGAAUAAUCAUCUUAAAGGAUCUUGGUUGUUACUCUUGACUUGUAGAACAGUUGAAAAAUUGUGAAAAUUACAAAAAGGUUAAGCAGUUAUCUUCAAAUAUUAAACAUUUUUAAAAUGAGUAAUAAAAACACACAAAAUCCGUUGAAGAUAGAGGAGAUUCCCGAGAAUAUGUUCAUGGAAGAAGUACCUCGAAGCAAAGCUGUUGAAGAGAGUAGUGGGGGUGGGUCGUGCGCGCCAAAAUAUCUGCCUGGCUUAUUUGGCCCAAAAACGAUAAUCCAAGAGCUCUGGUUAAAAACUAUAU